AUGGAUGAUCUAGUGACCUUGUGGCGAAGCUUCAUUGUUGGGUUCGGGAUAGGCUGUGGGUGGAUGCUUGCGUCCAGAUUGGGUAGGUUGCUCGAUCGAUGUUGUCGCAGGCGCCCAGUAGUCAUGGAGUUCCGAGGACCCCCAGUAGGGACCAGUGGUGUUGAAGGAUGGACUCAAACUGAAGGGUCAGAGGUUCAGAGCCGCUUGGAAGCGGGGGAGCGUGGGACCCAGGCUGCACAGCACGUCGGAUUGGGGGUUCCUUCAGGGUUGAUUGAGAGGGAUGUGGGAGAAUCUACAUGUUACGAGGACUUCUGCGAGAGGGCUUUUCCGGAACUUCAGGGUUUGUCUAGAGGGUCGGGUGACAUUGUGGGUUCAAGUGAAGCGUUGGAGGUGCUGCCAGGACCAGUAGACAGAAGUGGAUCACCGGAGGUGAGGUUUCCUAGCGGACAAGGACAGUAUGACGCAGCGAGUGCAUAUGCUACUGCUACGGCUUCAGAUAUGGAACCACUGUAUGUGCAGAGGCCUGUAGGGUUUCCGCCUGGUGACAUGAUAGAGUUGGCUCGUACUCCCACGGUUCCGUUGCCUCCUAACUAUCCUUACCCUGAGAACUUUGGCAAUCGUUUUGUGUAUGCCGACGAUGAAGUUGAGCUAGGUGAAGAUUCGGAUAGCGGUGACGAAGCCAGUUCAAUAGGUCAGUGGACUACAGAUUCAGGCAUGCCUAGGGGUCGCGGCUCAAGCUCUGCAGGAUCGCAGGGCACCGGCAGGAGCCUGACGGCAGUGAGCCUUGCUGCUUCGGUCCAGUCGGCUCAAGCUUGGCAGGACGCUGCUCAGGAAUCUGAUGGGACUAUGGAACUUUGGCUGUUGCUGGGUAUGAUUUCUGUAGGCUGCAUUUUGGUUGGGGCUGUAGGCGCUAUUGGGUGCAUGUGGUUGUGCAAGUGCAAUACCCACAGGCAUCAAAUUUCAGCUGAAUGUACUCCCACUACUCCUCCAACUCAAGGGCAGAAGGUUGCUGAGAAGAGCAGUUAUUCUGACCGGCAUGUUUCGGAAGGGCCUCUUCAAUUUUCGCCAGUUGUGAAUGUGACUGUUCGGACACAGUUUCAGGGAGAAGAUUGUGCUCAGCAUGAGAGGGUUGAGGUUUUGAAAAGAAGCUCCGAAGAUGAUAUCAAGGAGGGCUUGCGUCAGAGGGGACAGCAGAAAACCUGUGAAUCCACUGUAGGCCCCCUUAAAGGUUUAGAGCCUCAUAGGACCCGUGUUGAAGUCUCCGCGAUGGAGUCUGCGCAAUCCCGUGUAGGCCCCCCUAAAGGUUUAGGGCCCCAUAGGACCUGUGCGGAAGCCUCUGCGGAGAGGCCUGUGCAAUUCCCUGUAGGCCCCCCUAAGGGUUUAGAUCUCAGUAGGACCCGUGCUGAAGCAUCGGAAGUUGAGCCGGUGCAAGCCCCGGUAGGCCCCCCUACGGGUUUAGGAUCCCAUAGGACCUCUGUGAAGGCACCCGAAGUGGAGCCAGGAGUUUCCCAAGUAGGACCUUGUGGUUUAGGACUCCCGAGUAUCCCUACAGGGUCUAGUGAUAAAGUUGAAAGGCCCAGCGGGUCAAGUGGCGACGCUCAGUUCGAUGUUCAGGUCAGUGGGUCUGGUAGAGAUCUAGAUCAAGAGCGUCCAAUUGUGCGAGCAGAUGGGUUUGUUGAGUAUCCCACACGCGCGGGGUCUCGAAUUAUGAUCGAUAGGAUUAUCCGACCUCGCGGGUUCAAGAAGAUGGACAUUUAUAGUUGCAGUGCAGAUGAGCCGGGGGUCAAUGUGAUCUUCACGAAGAACGGAGAUUGCUUUCACAGGUCUCUGGAGUGUCCGGCAGCUAGCAAGUCUUCGGACAUUCGCAGGCGUCAGACUUGUUUUGUAUGCAACAGAGGGGAGGGAUUUCCAAAGCAAGAUACGAUCUACUUUAAUCGCUGGGGAAAAAGGGUUCAUGUGAGCCGUGACUGCCCUGCUUUGGACCCUCACCAAGAGGUUUGUGCUCGCCGCAGGUGUAAGUUCUGUGGAAGCCAGUGA